AGGAGAAGCGGCAGAAGAGACUAAGGAAGGAAGGAAGCAGGAUGGAGCCAGGAGACCUGGAGGAGGCGCAUGGAGCCUAGAGACAUGUGAAGAAACUGCGCUUGUCUUUUGGUCGUGGACGGGGUGACACAGAUGUGGCCAAGGCCGACCUAACGAAGAAGAAGAGAUGCUAUUGGUUUGCGACUGGGACUGAUGACCAAUAGGGGCAGGUCGCGCCCGAGAUUCGGGCGGGCCGCUUGAGCGGCUCCUGAGGGGUCGGCGUUCCGCGAGGGAGGCGUCCCUCGCUUGCGUGGGCUCUCGAGCGCGGCCGCGCCCUUCCGGCUUCAGGCUGCUGGCACCCGCUCCUGCGCCCCUUCAGGUCUCCACAGAACUUCGCCUCUCAGUCGCUCUGUGACGGGGGAGCUUCUUUUCCCCGCCCCCCCAAGUUCUACUGGCCUCAAAAAGUUGGGCUGAGGGAGCUAGAAAAGCCGCCUCGCGAACCUCAGUGAUGGCUCACGAAGCAAUGGAAUGUGAUCUUCAUAUGGAGUUAGAGCAGCCGGCUCCUGCAGAAGCGGUUAGCAGCCAAGGAGAACCACCCCUGCUCCUGCCUGCUCCUGCUGAAGUGGCCAACAGUCAAGGGGGACCACUCCUGUUUCAGCCCUCUCUUGCAGAAGUGCUCAGCAGCCCAGGGGUGGGACCACUCCUAAUACAGCCUGCUCCUGCUGAAGUGCUCAGCAGCCCAGGGGUGGGACCACUCCUAAUUCAGCCCGCUCCUGCUGAAGUGCUCAGCAGUCAGGGUGGAAUGCCUUUUCUCCCACCUUUACCACAAGUGUCCAUUAAUCUGACAGAGAGAGUAGGGGCCUUGACAGGAGAUAAUGUUGAGAACAUUAAUCCAGGAACUUCGGAAGCCCAGGGCCAGGGAUCUGGUGUUAACCACACUGUCAGGGUAGCUUCGUUGAAUUCAAUGAACAGCUUUAUCAGUGGACUGCAGAGACUUCAUGGCAUGCUGGAAUUUCUGAGACCUUCAUCUGCAGACCAUGGUGUCGGGCCAAUGAGAGCAAGGAGGAGGAGGGGUUCUGCUUCGCGCAGGGCAAGAGUCUUGGGAUCUCAGAGGACAGAUGGUGCCAGGUCAAGAGCACCACUGGAUGCUUAUUUUCAAGUGAGCAGGACCCAGCCUCGUUUGCCAACCAUUUCUUAUGAUUCAGAGACUAGGGAUCCUAUGUUUGUAGACUUGCCUGAGUCAAGUGGUUCUGAUUCUGACAGUGACAACUCCACAGAGUUUGAAGAGGGUAUUGUCCAAGCAGAGGAACCUAGAGCUGUCACUUCAGAAGAGCAAGUAGGAAGUAUCUCAACAGAGCAAGAAACUGCAUGUGGCAGUGCAGGAGAGACUGUCCCCCAACAGCAGUCGCCCCAGAUGUCUAAUCCUCUUCUGACUUCUGCUUCUAUGGAUGAGGAUGAAGGGGACACUUGCACAAUAUGUCUAGAACAAUGGACCAAUGCUGGGGACCACCGGCUUUCAGCACUACGUUGUGGACACCUCUUUGGGUAUAGGUGCAUUUCUAAAUGGCUCAAAGGACAGGCACGAAAAUGCCCUCAGUGCAACAAGAAAGCAAAGCACAAUGACAUCGUUGUCCUUUAUGCCCGAACCCUGAGAGCGUUGGACACUAGUGAGCAUGAGCGCAUGAAAAGUUCAUUACUGAAGGAGCAGAUGCUAAGAAAGAAAGCCGAAUUAGAAUCAGCACAGUGCCGGCUCCAACUUCAAGUCCUCACUGAUGAAUGCACUAAGCUUCAAAGUCGUGUCCAGGACUUGCGAAAACUUAUUGUAGCACAUCGAGAUCAGAUUUCACAGCAACUCGGGGGCUCCCAAGCAGGUUUCCUGAACUGCCUGCCCCCCAGCCAGAGCCAACGCAAGUACCAUUUCCAGAAGACCUUCACAGUGUCUCAGACAGGAAACUGCCGAAUCAUGACAUACUGUGAUUCUCUGAGUUGCCUGGUGAUGUCACAACCUUCUCCUCAGGCCUCCCUCCUUCCAGGCUUUGGUGUUAAGAUGUUGAGUACUGCCAACAUGAAAAGUAGUCAGUACAUUCCCAUGCAUAGCAAACAGAUCCGAGGAUUGGCUUUCAGCAGUCAGCCCAAAGGUUUACUGCUUUCUGCUUCCCUGGACAACACUGUUAAACUGACCAGCCUGGAGACAAAUACUGUGGUUCAGACUUACAAUGCUGGCCGUCCGGUCUGGAGCUGCUGCUGGUGUCUUGAUGAAGACAAUUACAUAUAUGCUGGCCUGGUCAACGGUUCAGUUCUUGUAUAUGACCUUCGAAACACAAGCUCUCCUGUCCAGGAGCUAGUACCUCAGAAAACUAGAUGCCCUCUGGUAUCCCUGUCCUACAUACCUAGAGCUGCCUCGGCUGCGUUUCCAUAUGGAGGGGUGUUGGCCGGAACCUUGGAGAAUGCUUCCUUUUGGGAACAGAAAACGGGCUUUUCUCAUUGGCCUCAUGUACUGCCUUUGGAAUCAGGGGGUUUUAUAGACUUUCAGACAGAAAACAGUACCCGGCACUUUCUUGUGACUUAUAGGCCUGACAAAAAUCACAAUAACUUAAGAAGUGUCCUAAUGGAAAUGUACUAUAAACUGGAUGAUGCUGGAGAGCCAAUCUGUACCUGCCAUCCUGUUCAAACAUUCCUAGGGGGACCCACUUGCAAAUUACUGACCAAAAGUGCCAUUUUCCAAAGUCCAGAGAAUGAUGGAAGUAUCCUGGUGUGCCAUGGGGAUGAAGCAUCAAAUUCUGCCCUGCUGUGGGAUGCUGGCAGUGGUUCAUUGUUGCAAGAUCUGCAGGCUGAUCAGCCCGUCUUGGACAUCUGCCCAUUUGAAGCAAACCAUUCCAACUACUUGGCUACCUUAACAGAGAAGACAGUCCACAUCUAUAGGUGGGAGUGACCAUAGUCUUGAAACUUACCUGGCAUGCCGCCACUUAACAUUAAAUGUUUGCUAGCAUCCAGCUGGCCUGGCAAAGAUCCCUGUUUAUUAUCUGUGGUCUAGAACUUUUGGGAUCAUGUUCCUUUGGGUUACUAUGAUUCUAGGACUCUGGGUCUCUGCAGGUUGCAUUUUUGCUGUGGCCAUCGAAAGAGUGACUGGUACUCCAUGUACAUUAUCCAUUUCUUGAGUUUUAAGUCUUCGUGCUUCUUCAUUGAGAGUCUUUUCAAUUAGACUUUCACUGGAUCUCCAGAAAUAUCCUCUGAACAGGCAUUUAGCAUAUGAGUAUGCACCAAGCAUGUUCAGGAGAAUGUGACACUUCCACUGAGUGAUCUUAGCACUUGGUCUGUUUGGCCUCAAGCCAAUCAUUCUCAAAAUGAUUAUGUCUUAAAGGACUAAACCAUCUUUUGGCUGCAACUUGAAUACAAGAGUCCUCAGUUGAACACAAGAGGGCAUUAUAGAACCUUGUGUAGGCUUUGAUCUAUUUCUGAUCUUGUGAGCACAUCUGUUCUACUUUGUGGCAAUGGUUAUGAUCCAGGUGUGCAGUUCUGGGAUAUUGGCAAGGCCGGUCAUGGAAGCAGCUCAUGAGCUUCAGACCCCCUUCCUUUUUUUGCAUCCUUUUCUAAUGCCAAGUGCAUUAAGUUCAUCACAUUGUGGGAACCAAGGAGAGAGACCAGUUUUUUGAGCAGUUAGGGAGGCUCGUUUUUUUCUAGCCUUAGGCUCUCAAGAUUGACUUAUAAACCAGUGCUUAGAAGACUAUUUCUUCCCCACCUCACUAAAAAAGAUGAGCAGUAAUACGUCAGAGCUCUUAACUUAGUUCUCUCCUCAUACCAGAUAUCAGGUGUAAGGAGCUAACUGGGAGAGGCUUAAAAAAAAGAAACUGCUCAAACUGCUGCUGAAAAUACGAGAAGAGCUUGUUUCUUCUAUUUUAAGAGUUCUUACCUGAAUAAAGCCAGCCUCUCAGAAUGGGCCUGUUAUUUAGCUUAUAAUUUCCUAGGUAAAUCCUUCCUCACGUGAAACUGAUGCUUAGUGCCUCUUAUUUGCCUUCCUCCCUAACUUUUUCUGAAAGUGUCGUUGGUAAAAUGCUUAUAUUCUCAGGAAGACAAUAGUGGUUGGAAACCUGUGUGGAUUACAGAGAGAUAUCCAACAACUUUAACCCUACAUAUUCCCACCUUAUAGCUGCACUUUUCCCCAAUAGAGCAUUCAGUUUAUGUCUGUUUGCUUUGCCUGAGGCAACUUUGCUGAACUGCUGUCCACAGCAGUACAUGCCUCAAAGUGUAGGUAGUCAGUGCCCUGUUCUUGGGAGCAGGGUAGCUAAACUGUGAUUUUCUUAAAUAAUUGUUGUAGGUGUUAUUUUUAUUUUGAAACAGUUCUAGCCUGUCAACUCCUGAGCUUUUGCCAGUAUAUCCAGUCAAGAUUUAUUAUUGUUAGAUUUUCCCAGAAUCCCAAGUUCUAGUCAGACCUUUUAAAGAGUAGCUGCCUUUUUAAGGUCAUCUUUCCUUAAAAAAAAAGUUUCCAGGAAUUGAGAGAGAUCCCCUAUUUCUCAGAGGAGAUAAUUCCUUUUGAUAUGUUCAUGUUUAAGAGUGACUGCCCAGGCAGAGAGCUUGAUGGAAGAAAAGGAUUUGAAUUAAAAAGUAGAACUCAUCUACUUUCACAGAGAGGAUGCAGCUGGUCAGGCCCUGGCAGGGGCAAAACACAGAACAGGUUUAAGCUCUAACUAGCUUUGAAAUAUACUGAAUUGAUGUUGAUUGAAUCCCAGAAGCUUAGGAACCAAAGAGACUAACUAUCAGGGAAAUUGGGUGACUCAUACAUCUUGCCGAUCCUUGAAUUCCUCCAGUAAAUUGAGAUGUUUUAAAAAGAAAUUCAUGUAACUACAGCUUAUUUCUCCCAAGGAAAAAACUUAGCCUCUAGCCAUUCCCAACUUCCAGCCCUUCUGCCUGGCAGAAAACAACAUCUGUAGACCCAGGCUCUGGUAUCCUGUGGAACACCAGACUUUUCCCAGCCAUGUUUUCUCACCCCCAUGUCUAAGAUUUUCCCAUUUGAGACUUCGGAAUUAAGCAGAGUCAAAAGAUCUUGUAGUUGUAUGUAUCUGUGCACCUGCUUUGAAAACAGCAAUGAAGUCUGUGUUCUAAUGUGUGUGUGUUCUAUUUUUAAUGUUUGUAUUUCAUGUUAAUACGAAAAUAAAGCUUUUGCUGUGUGGUACAUCUCCUGGUGUUUUGACUC